UACAGUGGAGAAGAAGGCAUCUCCAACAUGUUGAUCCUUGACAUUGCCUUGCUUUCGGGAUUCGUCCCAGAGCCCCAGUCUUUGAAGAUCCUCAAAGGAGCUCUGCUGGUGAAUCGGGUUGAACACAAGGAUGGCCAUGUUCUGGUGUACUUGGAAGGGGUUAUGAAGGAUAUACCAGUCAACCAUCACUUGGUGCUUUUACAGCAGGUCUUGGUGCACAACCUCAAACCAGCUGUAAUCACCCUCUAUGACUACUACCAGCCAAGUGAGAGGGCUGAGAAAGAAUAUACUGCAAUAUGACUACUCAAGGCCAAAGAAUGAAGUGUGGUCAAUCCUGAUGCCAGUAUUGAUUUUUGCUUUAUUAAAACUCAAAGGAACUUAUUUUCUUAAAAAAUAUAUGGUUUAAGUAUUGUGUCAUGUAUUGGUUAUGUUACACAGCUAACUGUUUUUUUUUUUUUUUUUGUCUUUGUCACACCUAUGUAACUGUGGAAUGUGUUCAAUCCAAUCGCAAAGAAGAGCAAAACUGAAUAAAGUGAUCUGAAUGACCCUCAAA